AUGAUCGGGCAGAAAACUAUUAAAUCAUUUUUCUCGCCUGUCGCCCAAAAGAAGUCUGGCAAAAAUGUAAACGAAGUGGCGCAUGAUGUUAAAGACUCGCGGAAGCGCAAGUCUUCAGCGGUGGAGCCGGAGCCUGAACCGGAGCCCUCCAGCUCCAUAUCGGCUUCUCUUUCUCAGGAACAGCUUGACAGGAUCGCCCGUAACAAGAAGGCGGCACUAGAGAAGCUCGCUUCCGGCCAAACCCCUCCAGGAUUCGGGGAGAGCUGGCGAAAGGCACUGGCUGCUGAGUUUGGGAAACUCUAUUUCAAACAAUUGAUGCAGUUUGUUAACCAAGAAAGGAAAUGUCACACUGUGUACCCACCUGCCGACCACGUCUUCACCUGGACACAAAUGUGUGAGGUCAACGAUGUUAAAGUGGUGAUCCUCGGUCAGGACCCGUAUCAUGGUCCGAAUCAAGCCCAUGGAUUGUGUUUCAGUGUCAAAAGACCAGUGCCUCCUCCUCCAAGUUUGGAGAACAUUUAUAAAGAGCUGGUGAAUGAUAUUGAAGGCUUCCAGCAUCCAAAGCAUGGAGAUCUAAGCGGGUGGGCCAAACAAGGCGUGCUGUUACUCAAUGCGGUGUUGACUGUGCGAGCGCACCAGGCCAAUUCGCAUAAAGACAAAGGCUGGGAAACGUUCACCGACGCAGUGGUGCAGUGGCUCAGCAACAACACGGAGGGCCUCGUAUUCAUUCUGUGGGGGGCCUACGCUCAGAAGAAAGGAGCUACAAUAAACAAGAAACGUCACCACAUCCUCCAAGCGGUACAUCCUUCUCCCUUAUCGGUUCAUCGUGGAUUCUUUGGGUGCAAGCACUUUUCAAAGGCCAAUGAGCUGCUGAAGAAAUCUGGAAAGUCACCUGUUGACUGGAACGCACUUUAA